AUGUUCAUCCUUGCCGCCCGCAGCCUUGUAAUUGUCUGUGCUAUAUUUAUCAGUCAAUCGUUGGAGUGGGACGACAUCUUUAAGAAGACUUUAAAUCAUUUCCAGUGUUGGACUGUGAAAAGAAUCUCACUCGUCUGCUACAGGUGUGCGAAACGUCACAGCGAUGACUUCCGAUAUUUCUACGUCAACUGUUGCAGUGGUCCCGACAACAAGUUCCGGUCCUACUGUGAAGACAUCUAUACUGCGCCGCCCGAGAAUGAUGGAUAA